ACCUCCCACCGUAGUGAAUUGUGUACGUCGAAAGAUUUCGUGGCUCUCGUUCGCCAAGUAUAAAAGUACCGAUUGUCAUCGAGAGUAACAUUCGUAUUUCGGCACAGACGCAGAGUACUUGUCGCAAGAUUUUCCAAAAUAAACAUAAUGGCAAUUAAGCUGUUUAUAAUAGUUUGCGUUUUGGCUGCGGCCAAUGCCGGUUAUAUUGGAGUAUCUCCCGCCUUGCAGUAUCAGAUUGCGCCAAUAGCGCAUGUCCAACCCCAUGCUAUCACGUCGACGUCCGAUAAUAUAUUACGCAGCCACGGUAAUUUGGCUCAAGUAGCUACGCAAACGAAAACCAUCGACACGCCUUUCUCUAGCUCAAGCAAGACAGAUAUUCGCGUGAGCAAUCCGGCUGUCACGUACGCGCAUCUCGCCCAUCCAGCUACCCCACUGACGUAUACUGCAGCUGCCAUACCGGCGCCGGCGGCUAUACGUACUCCGGCCGCUCUUGGAAUCGCUUACUCGCCGGCGGUCGAAGUAUCUCACAUGAGCUACAGCAGUCCAAUUGGAGUUGCUUAUGCCUAUUAAAUCAAAUCGGUUACAUAUUUGUCGGCGCCUUUUUCAUAUAUAAUAUAAUGGAUAAAUAAAUAUGUAUUUAUACAAGCAUUUUCUUUUAUAAUUGUAACUUGUGUACGUAAUAAACAUGUUUUUUAAUGAUA